AUGAUGCGCGGCGUGCCCGUGCUCACACUUGGUGCCGGCUACGUCGGCUCGGCGGCGUUCGGUGCCGCGCUCAUCUUCUGUGCCUUCGACACGAGGGCGAGCAAGAUCGCGUGUCUUGCCACGAUUCCGCUGUGGGCACCCGUCGCCUGGUUCGGCACCACCUGGUGCGUCCGGGCGACGCGCAUCCGGAUAGCACUCGCAGUCGGUGUCACAAUCGCCUGCUGGUUCAUCGACCAUGCCAUUGCGCUGCGCUUCUACAUGCUCUUCCUCGGCGUGCUAUGCGGCAUGUACGUGCUCACCGAUGCGCUCGACGACUUCGUCUUCGCAAAGCAGAACGAGUCCGACGCGGCGCUGUUCAGCCGGCUUGCACCGCCGGGGCCUUGGGGU